AUGGACGGAAUUCUUAACGACGCCAUGAGUUCGAUGAAGCUAGAUGAUGAUGCUCCGAUUGAUCUACCGGAUGAAGACGACUACAGCGCUAUUGAAAGAAGCGGCAAAAGUUUGAUCGGAAGACUCUUAAACCCAGAAUGUCAAAACAUGGCUCGGAUGCUUCGUUCCAUGCCCAGGAUUUGGAAGAUUUAUGACAGAGUCAAGGGCAUAGCGUUGACGAGAGAGAGUUUCCAAUUCAUAUUCGACCUGGAAUCUGACAUCCAAACUGUGAUGAAACAUGGCAUGUGGGACUUUGAUGACUGGGGAGUGGUAAUGGAAAGAUGGAUUGAGCAGCCGCCUGAUAAUUUCCUGAAAACAGCCCCGGUGUGGAUCAGGAUUUACAAGAUCCCGGUCAAUCACUUCACUCUCAAAACAAUUGAAGCGAUCGCAGACCGGAUUGGACAAGUCAAGGUUAUUGAAUAUGACCCAGAAAAAUCUGUUCUCCAGGAGUUUGUCAGAGCUCAGGUAAUCAUUGACUUGGAACAACCCAUUAGAGAGACCAAAUCUCUCAAUUUGCCAAGAGGCGGAGUCGCAGUGGUAGAGAUCAAGUAUGAGAGACUGGCGAAAAAAUGUUUUCACUGCUUACGCCUAACACAUGAAAAACAGCGUUGUCCUCUUCUCCAAAAACAACAAAAGAGUGUCAAGGUUAUAGACCCAAGGCGCGUAAACCCUGUCUCAAGUGAAACACCUAUACGUCAACACCACAUCAACCUGGUUGAGAAAAUAAUGCCGAUGUUGGCCCCUUCGGUUCCUCCAGGUUUCAAACCAUUGCCAUCUGUGGUCGCACCUGAAGUUUUUGAGCAGAUACAAUUAUAUAUGAGUUCAGGGGACCCAGCUGAGCGUAACCUCCGUGAACUAUGCAUGAAACAGACUCUGGAAGCGCUAUCCAGAGAUCCAGUCGCUCAACGAUCAUAUUUACGGUUGGAGCCCCCUCCAACAAUUGUGGCAAUCUCCACUGAUAAUGAGGAAGUAGUACCUCCGAUGACUCACACAUUCCAAACUCGCCACUCGGGUAUCAAUAGGACAGCAGAGAUGCCUAUUGGAGAGGACACGGACAUUCCGUUAGUGAACGCAGUUGGGUCAGCUCCCACGGAUAAGGCCUUACCAGCCUCAUCAAUACCUGCACAUUCAGUCUCUCACCAACCAAAAAAGGCUGAGGAAGAGGCGGCAGCAAGAGAAGGGUCAGGCUAUUUUACUCCUCCGGAUAAUGCUAAUGGUUUCAGCAUUGGGGCAUCCUCAGACAGUCUCUCCGGUAAUAGUAACAAGAGUAUCCGUGCUGCGAGAAAGAAACCUACUUGGUCUCGUAAGCCAAGCAGAAACAAGGCUACCUCUAUACAGUCCCCUACUCCUCCUGCAGUAGAGGAACUGCCAGUGAGUGAUCCACCGAGUAAACGCAAGGCGACCGUGGACGCUACCCCGGCAUCAAAAGUUUCCAAAAUCUCUGAAGGUUUGAUGGUUUUCCAGAAACCAUCCAUUUCCCAAUGA